CCUCAGUUCCUUCCUUUCUCUUCUGUCUCUCUCUCUCUCUCUCUCCUCUCUCUCUCUCUCUCCUUUCUAUUUAAGCCGUUGGCCAACCUCUCUACUCUUCCAGCUUUGCUUUUCGCUGCCCUAAUAAUUUUUUUACGGUCAAAUUCUUCUGAUCCUUUUCCAUCCAAUCAGGGGAAAGAAAAUAAACAAACAGUGCACAGUUAGCAGCCCUGAAAAUUCGAGGGUGUCAUGGCAUCGUCUAAGGUGAUAACGACCACGUCACAGACGAAUCCCGAUCUGCCACGUCAGCAAUCUCUGUGCUCUUCGCCCUCCACGCUCCUCGUCGAUCUUCAAAACCAACAAAAUAAUCAAAACCUAUCUCAGAAUGGCCUUGAUUCCAUGAGCAUGGACGAUCUUUUGAAAAACAUGUACUUGUCCCCACCGCAGCCACCAACGACUUCCGACGCCCACCAACAGUUCCUCGGCGCGUCAAUCACACGCGAAGGUAUUUUCUCGAUUCCUAAGGAUGUGGCGAACAAGUCCGUCGACGAGGUUUGGAAGGACAUCGUGGUCGGCGGCGGUGAUCAGAGACAGGGGGGUCCAUCGGAAGAGAUGACUCUAGAGGAUUUUUUGACGAAAGCUGGAGCGGUUAGAGAAGAGGAUGUCGGAGGAGUUGUUAAUCAGGUGGGAGUAGAUGCAGGGGUUUAUACUAUGGACCCGGUCGUUAUCAACGCUGGUGGAAGUCAGUUUUCGGCGUUUGGAAACAACGGCGGCGUUGAUCAUCGGAGAUUGGUGCCAGCAGGCGCAGGCGCAAGAGGAAAACGACGCGCCGUGGAGGAACCACCUUUGGAUAAAGCGACGCAGCAGAAACAGAGGAGAAUGAUCAAGAACAGAGAAUCUGCUGCUAGGUCUAGAGAACGCAAACAGGCUCAUACGGUUGAAUUGGAAUCUAUGGUGACACAAUUGGAAGAAGAGAAUGCGCAGUUGCUGAGAGAAGAGGCUGAGCUGAACAAAGAGCGGUUUAAGCAGCUGAUGGAGAACUUGAUCCCUGUUGAGGAGAAGCGGAGACCACCUCGUGUUCUUAGGCGAGUUCAUUCUAUGCAAUGGUAACUGUGGCAGCUACUUUUUUUUUUUUUUUUGUUGCCAAUGACAAGAUGAAAGAUAUAGAAAAGAACUGCACGAACCAGUUGAAGUGGGUUUAUCUUUUGAGAAGGGAAAACAAAGACCAAAUGGAAAAAAAUAGAAGUUUCAAGCUUGAUUUGCUCGUGUGGGGCUAAUCUUUUUGGAAUAGUUGGGACUCUGUUGCAGUUGAGGCCUGGAAGGAUCUCGUUAUGAUUGAAGAUGGACACCAUCAGGUCCUUAACUAAUGCUUUUGGCUUUUGCUUGGGUAUUGUAAAUAUAUAUAUAUAUAUAUAUAUAUAUAUAAAAUUUAUAAAGGAAAAAAAAAAGAACCUCAUUUGUGUAAAGUAUCGUUUUCCCUUGAAUCACGUCGGUAGGGAAAAGUGGUAGGCCUGAGAACUAAUCUAUACAAAUUCUUAUUAUAAAAUUCAUAGGAACAUUCGAGUGGAAGAUACUCUGGCUUUUUUAUUCCUUUACGUAUAGCUUCAGGAUAAAAGCUGAACGUGGUGCCAUUAAGUAGUGCUUGGCUAAAAAUGUGAAGAAUGAUGAAUGACAGAACACCAAACAAACCCACAUUUCCAGCAAUGUUCUGACAGCAUCAAAGCUGACGCCUAGCACAUCUACCUUCUCCAGAAUCAUCACUGCUACUGCCAGUUUGCUUCACAGAAAGAAAAGCCACCACCUCCGCCAUUGGAGUUUAUCGGUUACUUCGCAUCAAAUAUUGAUUGGCAAUUUCCUCUGUCUAGCAAAUUUUCUUCCACAUUGCAAUGGAAAUUAUCCUUCUCUA